GAGGAGCGUGCUUACCCACAAUGCAAAGCGAAGCAGCCACGUACAGACAGACCCUCCCCUGCUGUCUGCUCGUUAGCUUCCCGUGCUAACUGUUCCCCCACAGAGCAGCGGGUCACUGGUUUCCACACGAUGCUACACUGGUUCACCAGGACUUCAGUGAGAUCACCAGAGCUGUAAGAUGUCAACGGUGGUGUUUGCCUCAGUGGUUCGGGUCGGGGACGGCCUGCCACUCUCUGCAUCCACCGACUAUGAGCAGGAUAAAGAGCUUCAGGAAACCAAGCGGCAUCUCAAAGGUCUCUCCAAAAAACUCAGCCAGUUUCCAGAUCGCUGCACCCUCAAGACUGGACCGUACAAUGUCAAUUUCACAAGUUCACUGGGUGUUGGAUACCUGAUGGUGUGUACGGCAAACUACCCCAACGUGCUGGCCUUCUGCUUCCUGGACGAGCUGCAGAAGGAGUUCAUUGUCACGUAUGACACCAAACGCAUCAGCAGCGUCGUGCGGCCGUACUCCUUCAUUGAAUUUGACACCUUCAUCCAGAAGACAAAACAGCGCUACAACAGCCCCCGUUCUCUGUCCACCAAGAUCAACCUGGCUGACAUGCAGACGGAGAUCAAGCUGCGACCGCCUUACCAGCUCUCCCCUGAGGACCUGCGAGCUAUCAAUGGAUUCUCCGUGCACACACCCUCCAAGUACAAGGGCAUAGCUCCCACACAGAUGUUGGAGCCGGUGACUCUUCAAGGCAUCGUGUCCUGUGUGCUGAGUGUCCUCUGUGGAGGCCUGAACCUGCUGCGAGGAGUCCAUGCUAUAGAGAGCAUAUUACAGAAUAACGAUGAAGACUUUAAUUAUGUGAUUGCCUUCUUCCUCGGCACAGCAGCCUGUCUGUAUCAGUGCUACCUGUUUGCCUACUUCUCUGUGUGGAGGAACAGUAAGUCCUUCCUGGCAUUUGCACUCAUCUGUCUGUCUAACAUGUAUCUGUAUGAACUGAGGAACAUGUGGCAGAUCCUCUUCCAUGUGGCCGUGGGCGCCUUCAUGACCCUGCAGAUAAAACUGAGACAACCGCUGGGCAAAGCACCGGACUAUAACGUCUGACAAAAACUUUAAACACCGAGGACAAACGGACCCUCUGUCUCACGUAAGCCCUGGACAUGCAGCUGAGGCAGCACCGACCAGUUCGCGGCCAAAGUGGAAACCAAAAAAGAGAAAAUCUUGCAGCACCACAGUCGUCCUUCUCUCACUCAACCACAGAACCAGUGGACGCAUCUGAGUGAGAAACUCUGCCGCAGCCUUGAAUCAUCUGAGGAAUUCAUUGGAUUGAUUUGAGAAGUUGUCUUUUCUCCACCAUUGUCUGAUUUAGACACUCACUGAUACUUCUUUUCAUUGCAGCCACAGUUUAGUCCUGUAUACAGCUGUGAUCUCACAGCAGCCACAAAAUUAAGUAUCUGCAAACCUAUUUCAAAUCAAACACAGCGGCCAUAGACACCCUGUCUAAAGCAAUGAAGUUGCUUUAAGGAAUACCUGAGGACAAAUUGAAAUUAUUCAGUUGUAAUAUCUUACUUUGAAAAAUAAACCUUUUCCUUUUAAGAUUUUAAAUGACACUAGUCAAAAUAAAACAGCUGUACUGAGAGUUCAGAAGAACUUCCAACGUAUUUAAAUCCACAAAUAUCUGAACAAAUUAUAUGUAACCGAGACUGGAGCUUCAUUCAUUCAUUGACCAGACACAAAGAUUUUAACAUUCUUUGAUUUUAGAGCUUGUUCAGUUUGUCCUGUUUUCAGUUUUUCUCCCACAUUCAGCUUGUAUUUGACUUUUUGUUACAUGCAUUUUUUUGCACAUGCACGCUUGGUUACCUGACCUGGUGCAAAGCUCUGGAUCAAGUCGUGGUUUAAAACUAUGCAACGCUGCCUCUCAUAUAUAUCACUUCAAUGUUGGUGGAUUCAGAAGCCAAAUAUCACAUCUUACUUUGAGGAGCACGUAUUUGUAAUUUUGUAGAUGUUUCAUUUAGCUAUUUAUUUCCUGAUAGAUUCAUUGGCACACGCCCAGUGAAGAUUUAUUUUCAGUUUUAUUUGUUGUCUGUUUUUAAACUGUGCAUCUUGUCACAAAGCUUCUCCUGCUCCAGUCGACACAAACAGCCUGUUAGCAUUCAUUCCCCACUUCCUCGCCCACACAGCCUCGAGCAUGUGCCUGUGUCAAGUGACUAUGUUAAUAAACAAGUCUGUGUUGGCAGCGGUAAAGGAACUGGCUGUGUUGUCAGGGCCAGAGGCAGCUCGGAUCAUCUGAGCAGCUCCCCCCCGAGCCCCUCGCUUCAGACACGGCUGCAUCUGCCACUUAGGAAGACAAAAACUCAGCCUCUCACUCUGCCUGUGUAAUGGAUAUUAGCACAAAAUUCCCCUUUAACGUCAUUACAAUCAGGAGACGCCGCAUUCGUCGUGAUUAAGCUGCGUGAGUUUUGUUUCUGAAACGAUGGGAAGAUUUCCCGGCUUCCUGCAGCAUCACAACAAAUAAUAGUAAACAAAUGGGGGCGGGUAGAGACGUGAGUCACGCCUUUGUUGUUCAUUGUUUCUGAGAAGCUCAACAGUUGUGCCAAGAGCGUCAUAAUGUUCAUUUCUUUACCGAUCGCAGUUAAAGUGAAGUAAAUACACGCAACUAGUCUCGGUGUCCAUCUGGCAGCUGCACUCCACAUCUGUCUGGGGAGCGCUGCUUCACUUCAGCCUCGUAUGAUUCAUCACUGUGUUCAGAGAAUGUUCCCUCGCUUUCCAGCAGCGGCACCACACCUACAUGACCUAAUGGCUCCUUACACAAUAUGGCUCGGAUUUGAUUGGGUCUGGAUUGUACUUCACUGGCUCCAGUUGUUUAUGUUCACAUUCUCUUUUUCCACAGCAGUUACAGAAGAUGCGUGUCGUGUACAAUUGGAAAAAUUGACUUACAAGGGUUUUAUACUGGUUUGUGCAUGAAUUGGAAAAAGGAUGCGAUUGUUUCCAGGUUUUAAAAAACGUAGUCGUUUUAAUGUUAUUAGUUCACAAAAUGAUAUGAAACUUAAUUGUAUAUGCAGGGUUACAUUCAGGAAUUGCAGAUGUGGAAAAGAAUGGCUCUAAUAUGAACACUGGAUUUAAAGUAUAUCUGAGUUUUUUUGUGUCACUAAUGAAGUGGAGUGGAGUCGAGGAGUCUUUCUGUGCGGAGUUACGUGAUCUCCACAUGUUUGCGUGGAUCUUCUCCAGGUACUCCAGUUUCCUCCCACAGUCCAAAGACAUGCAGACUGGGUUUAGGGUAAUUGGAGACUCUAAAUUAUUAUAUAAGAGUUAAUGUGACAGUGAAAAGUUUGUUUAUCUCUGUAAAAUGUCGCUGUGAUAUAACGGUGACUCUGCCUCUCACCUGAUGUCAGCCCACUUUCAGUAUUAAAAAUAUUAGACAAGCAGUGUAA